CGACAGAGUCCAUGCACUUCCUGCGUUGAUUGUGAAACAAUUGCAUAAACUCUCUCCUAAAACAUAUCGCCAUAAGCCGAUCAUACUCAGACAUCACUCAAUAAUAGCAAUACAACGACAUGCUUUCAGCAACUAUCGCAAGAAAGGUUGUAAGUUCUAUUUGCCGGGCAUCACUGCGGCCAACUGUUGGUACAGUGAUUUCUCGAGGUUACCGUGGUGAUGCCCCAGAACCAACCAUGAUUGAGAUCCCUCUGCCCCCGUGGCAGGAGAGGGCGGGUGAGUCCCUGGAGAUCAAAAAGAAGAGACUCCUAUAUGAGAGUCGCAAAAGAGGCAUGCUGGAGAACUGUAUCCUUCUUAGCCUUUUUGCAAAGCAGUACCUAAACACAAUGAGUGAAGUUCAGCUCAGACAAUACGACAGACUCAUCAAUGAACCAAGCAAUGAUUGGGACAUUUACUACUGGGCAACAGAGGCUCAGCCAACACCUGACUUGUACCAGGGUGAGGUGAUGAACAUGCUCAAAGAGUUCGCCAAGAACAAGGACAUGGAACAGCGUCUAGAUGCUCCCAAUCUGGAAUACCUGGACAAGAGCAGUUAAUACACACACUUCUAUCAGUGACUGUUAUAACAGCCCAGAUCUGAGGUCAAACGAGCACCUGUGACAUCCUGUGUGUGGACCUAUCACAAGACAGUGGUCAUAAAUAUAUUACUUAAGAGAACAUAGAUGUGCGCCCCUUUUUAAAACCAUUGCAAAUGCAUUGUUGGGAUGAGAUGUUCUAACAGAUGUAUCAUGAAUAUGGACUUGACAACUUGGUCUGACUUAUAAAAACCACUUGACUUGAUAAAAUAAUUUGCUCAUAUUUAUAUAUUAAACAGAUUGUAUGUACACCCAAAUAAACUAUUAAACAUGUAUGA